AUGGACGUUGAGACGUGCAUACGGGAGAAUAUUGCAUGGCCCAAGCUUCCCGAAGAUGUACGCAUAUUGCUCGGAAACUCCUCCAAGGAGUACGAGAAACGCGUUUUCGACUAUUCGAUUCGCAAUCAGCUUCGCUAUAAAGGAAAUUUAGGUAUGGAACGGUGGAAAUCUGAAAACGAAACUGUGACAUUUGAGCUGAAUGAGAAGAUUUUUCUCACAGAUUCUAUCAAAAAUUUAACAUGAAUAAUUUUAGUUUGGACUGAAGAAUAAAAUUUGGAUAUAAAGAAUUAUAGUCUAUUCCGCGCCAGCUUGUCACGUUUCCGCCAAAAUUACAGUAUAAAAAAUUAUAUCAACAUUGAGCAUCUUCGCUUCGAAACCUUUGUUUUUUGCUGUAUUUUAGAAUUUUUGUAGAGCAAGGGCUGUAUUUACGGCUAUUUUUCCUUUAAUAUAUAGCCCAUUCCGCGCCAGCUUGUCACGAUUUUCGUUUUCUCUGAGCUUCCUUUCGAUGCGCGCGAUACAGCUGCUUCACGGCUGGCUUGAGCCUUCUGAAAAGGGUCCUGACGCGAUUUUGUACGAGGUAGUGCCUGACUCGUGGAGAGCGCAGACAAGCCACGCCCCUUAGCGUUCCAGCCGUGAUUCAGCUGUAUUAUCUCUGCUUGCGCCUUUAGUAUAAAGGGAAUUUUAGGCCAAAUAAAAGACACAGGCAGAGGAAAAUCUCGCGCGCUUCGAACGGAAACAAGCUUGCGCGGAAUGGCCUAUAGCACAUUGGCCCGGUUUUUUUUUUACAUUUCAGCUGUUUAAAAGGUAUACAUUGAUAUGAUUCGGUAAAGCUGAUUCACGGCCAGCUUGGAACGCUAAGGGGGCGUGUCAUGUCUGCGCUCUCCACGAUCCAGGCGCUAUCACGUGCAUUAUCGUGUCAGGACCCUUUUUUCGAUGGCUAAAGCCAGCCGUGAAUAAGCUAUUCACUCAUUCAGCAUGUAUGCCUCUGAAUUUUGCAGUUAGACAUGUGAAAAAGAGCGAAGAGCUGUACUACGACCAUUUGAUUCGCUUCUCGGAGUCGCACCUCAUGCUCUUCCCCUACCAUUUGUCCGACAUCAUUGUCCGCGAACUCCGAACCUCGCCCUUCAAUUAUUACAUCAAUAUUCUCUCUGUAAGUGCUUUCCUACGUUGGGUUGGAUGUGCUUCCAGGAUAUGUUGAAUCAAGAAAAGUCGUACGACUCGCUCCCCAACUUCACGGCGGCUGAUGCGGUUCGGUUACUAGGGAUUGGUAGGAAUCAAUACAUAGAUCUAAUGAAUCAAACGAGGUUCAAAGUGAAACAUAUUCAUUUUUCAAAAGUUUGUUUAUAAAGGUCCAACCGAAAGUUCUUGCGAAGGAAUAGAACGACCCGAGAGUUGCUCCCUCAAAAGCCAGCUAAGGUGCAUUUUCUCAUAUUUCUUUGUGGCUCAAAUAUCUCUAGCUGUCGUUUGAACCGUGGUGGACCGUCAGUAUAGGCUCGGUUCUAGAGUCCGAUGUCAAGGUUUUGUCAAUUUCUCUUCAAGGAAAGUGAAAGUCUCGAUUUGAAGAUGCUGACCGAGGAGGAAAGAAAGGUCAUCGACCGACUUUUCGACUCCGGGCCGCAAUCGGCCGGCACGAUGCCCGUCAACGUGAUCACGGCUCUGUACAACAGGGGCCUCGUCUACUUCGAAGUGCCCGUCGAAGACAACGACUACGUCUUUGGUCAGAAUCUUCUUGAAACUCCUCUUCAAAUCUCUCUUAUAGUGGCUCCCCUCGACGGGUUUGUCAUGAACCGGGUUCUUGGCGACUAUUUCGAAACACUUCUUUACAAAAUAUUUGUCGCCAUCGACGAUCAAACUACUGUCAAAGAGGUUUUUUUCACAGGAGAUGAAGAUUAUAACUUCAACGACAGAUGGCCCAAAUCCUGCACAUCGAUACCCAGCUAGUGAAAAACGCGAUUUCCCUGUUCUGCCGGCUGGGUUUCGCGAGAAAACGAGUGACCGGAGCUGAGAACCUGAAGCUGCACUUCUCCUGGGCUGGCCUAGUCUCCACAGGAACUCCAACUUCCGGAAGCGCUAUAAACUCUCCGACUUCUCCUACGCAGUAUUCUUUCGAAUCUAGUUUCGAAACUGAACCCUGAAUCUUCUAGGGAAGACAUAUCGACAGGCGUCGACCUGAAUGAGUUCUCGACCAACUUGACGUCGUUGGACGACGAUGAAUCCGAAGAGGCGCAGUCGCCGUCUUCCAACGACUCUGCUCCUAUGCUUCGAGGCUUCUCUCCGCAACCACCGACGCUCACAAAAGAAGGAGUGAGAGAAGUCAUCUGAAAGAAACUUAGGAGCAAAUUUUCAGUCAAUGACCUCAUCGACUUCUUCUUCGUUACCCACGUCAGACGUUGGGACGAGCAACAGAGCCGCUUUCGUUUUCGACUCCUCACUCGCUGCUUUUCUCAUGAUGGGCAAUUUGUCGGCUUCGUUGAAAGUUUGUUGAUUUAGAAAACUGACAGUAUGCUGUCGGAUGAAGCUUAGAAAUUCCAGAGUGGUCCCUACAGGGUUUAGGGGGAAAACAGUCCUUGUAGGAGUCGAAAAAGCGGCUAGCAUGUUCCCUAUAAAGGUCACUAACUGAAAUCCUCAUAGAACCCACUUUUGCAAGCUUCAGUGACCCAUAUAGGGUUUGGAUAACCCACUAACGUCCCUCAAAGGGCCCUUAAAGUAGCCCCUAUAGGGAUCACUCUGGAGUUCCUAAGAGAUGAUUGAAAAAAUGAAUAAGUCUUAAGUUUUCAGAAAUUAUUUGCAUGCCUCAUUUAUUUUAUAUCACUUCUUCUAAAACUUUGUCAUCUACUUUCAUAGAAAAAAAAAUCAGAAAAAGAAGAUUCACGAAUUGUAAAUUAAAUAAAAGAAAAAUUCGCUGGUUUGUUAUAGGGACACGCAGUGACAUUGUUCGAAGUCGGGAAGCUGGCGGACGAGCAGAUGAGAGAUUUUUUGGAGCAGCUGGAAUGUGUACUGAUCUGAGUUUUGUCGAAAGUCGCUCUUUUUCUUAAAGGUGAACCAGUUUGCCGAAGGAGAAGCUCAGAGGUAUUCGGCCCAUGCGACGGCGUUGCUCGACUCUCUACGAAGCCUUCGACAGGGCAGAGAGGCCGACUUGUUGAGAGGAGAAAGUCUUCUGACACUCGACGAGAGCAGCCGCGUUCGAGUCUUGGCCAAAAGCUACGGGUUCGAUCUUCCUCGCUCUUUUUUCCCAAUCUUCAUUCUCAGAAUUCUGGUGGCCAUGGCACCUUUGUUGUUAGAGGCGUGUACGGUACCCAUCUCCUCGAUUCCUUUUAUUGGACCGCCGAAUGCUGAGGUAAACUUCUGAUUCUUUAAUGGUUUCUUUGAAGACUUUUCAGCGCUCUUUUAUAUUCAAGAAAAUCUUGAAAAAUUUCUUAUAUUAUUCCGUGAAACUUGAAAUUUUCAUGCUCUCUAAGGCUCUCCAGAGAGGUGUCUAUAGGGGCAACCUUAAAGGCCCUUGGAGGGACCUCUGUAGGGAUCACUUUACCAACCCCUAUAGCGGUCAAUAAAGCUUCCAAAAGUGAUCCUUAUAAGGUUUUUUAGUGGCUACUAUAGGAAAAAUUCUAGUCGAUAAUUUCUAUGUACUAAAAAAAAUAAUAUUUUUUGAAUAAAAUUGAAAGACCCCUAUAAGUUUUAGGGGCUAAGUUGUCAGAUCUUGAACCCCUAUAGGGAACAUCUUGAUUUCACCAUUAUAGGGACCACUUUUUCGGCCCUUAUAAUGGCUGUUUUUUCCUCCUAACCCCUAUAGGGACUACUCUGAGAUUCAUACGGUUCAAAUUUACAGAAGAAAAAGAGAUUUUACGAAAUUUCAGAGAAGAGAGGGAUAGAUGUAUUUAUUCGAUAAGAAUUUUCUAUUAAAAAUCCGACUUUUUCUUCCUCUGAAGCUUUUUUGCUUCUAAAAAACAACUUUCAUUCAAAAGAAAUUUCCAAAGAAGAGGCUUCGUGUAUUUUUGAGAAAAGUACACGGCCAGUUCAGACUUGCUCACCUUGGUUCCGCCUGGCGAUUUACGGAGCGACCCGCAGCGGCCCCGCCUCGAUCUACCUGCCGCAGGGAACGAGGCUGACCACUCUGCCGCAGGCGCUUCUUGGCGACGAGAACGACAACCUGGCGACGAACGGUCGGAUCCUGGUUUCUAGUCCCAAGCACGAGCCUCACCUCGUCGCCGUCCAACACGCUCUCCUCGCUCUCAACGACUUGCUCUCCAACAGCGCCGUUUUCGUUCAGGUCCUCGGCUCUAGAAUUUUUUUUUCGUUCUUUGCAACGAUGAGAUCCUUAGGCUUGUGAGAGAGUCGGCCCGUCAGCCUAUCGGCCCGGCGAGGCCUUAGGAAGGCCUCAAGAAAAAAUGGACGGCCCUCUAAAAAGCUCAAAUUUUCUUUUUCUCAAAAAAGAGGUCCGAAGCCCAGGCCGCCCGGUCUGACGCACAAGCCUAGAGACACUGUAAGAGGGUCCUGCGGAAAGUUAGAUAUUAUUGAGUAAGACCUGAGGUUAACUUCCAAAUAGAAGUUUUAUUUUUAUUCCAUUUUUUUGUGGAAAAUCUGAUAUAUCGCUCAUCAUCACACUUUCGCUGCAUGUCAUGAAACACAAAGACUUAAAAGUUUUCAAAAAAAGAUAGAGCGGAGAUUCAUUUUUCUUCUCGAUUAUUCUAGCUCAGAUUUUUGUAAAUAUUUUUUUCCCGCAUCAACUUAUCUCGUAGCUGGCGGUUGUAAAAGUUUGGCAUUUUAUUUAUUUUUUUACUUUGCGGUUGGGAUUUUUUUCUAAAAAAACUGGCCAGAAUGCUUCUUGAUGUACCAGAAGAAGAUUCUGGAAAUUUCAACUUGCACAGCCUUCUCAAUUUUUGGAAAAAGGCCUCAAAGUCAAAGAAAACCCUUCAGACCUAUAAAAAUAGGCUAUUUUGAGGCUUUUAGCCCUUAUUUCUCGAAAACUAGGAAAUUGUGCAGGUUGAGACUUUCAGGAUCUUUAUCUGGUACAUCAAGAAGGGUUCUGGCCAAUUUAAAAGUUCCCAACCACAAAGUAAAAUGAUCUCCCUUGUUAGCCGCUGUUUAUUAUUUCUCAAUUCUCAUCUAUUCGUUUCCAGAACUACCCUCCUUCGACAGACGAGUCGGACCUGAUCGUUUUUGUCCCAUUCCCAUUCAACGAGGCCGAACUAGAAACAGAGGGUGAAGUAUCAUUUUGCUCGCAAAAAUUGUUACCCAGGCGCUCGCAGAUUCCUUUUGCAAACACCCGGCCAUCCUAAUUCUCACCGAACGUAUCGGAUUGCGGCACUUGGCGGGCUACGUCGUGCUGCUGAAGAACAAGGUGGUGGCUCGCGACAACGUCGGCGGCCGCGACAUCGCCGCCCGAAUGCGGGUCGACGAAGCGUUCGCCGAGUUGGGCGGUAUCGCGGGGGGAGCUGACGCUGAACCAGGCAGCGCUAAGAAUUCAAUCUUGGAGUGAGUGAGGCAUUUUUGGAUUUCAUUUUUGGGUUUUUGGGGCCGUAUAAACCGCGACGAGCUACAUUUCGGACCUCGGUAACGAAAACCGGACAUUCUCCGGACGUUUCUGAGCAUUUCUAGAGAUCAUUUAAGGGUUCUACGACAAGAACGAUUUUUCCAUUUGCGAAGAGUACGGUAUGCGAAUAUGCUUGCGCUUUGUGUGUUUACACUAUUUUUGCGUGACGUCACCGCAUCGUAUUUCUGCGCGUUUUUUGUUUCCAUUUUUUUUUCGCUUUUUUUUUCAAGAUUUGAAUUUUUCUCUAUGAUAUUUGCACGAUAAAAAAUAGUUGUACGAUGCGGUGAGGUCACGCAACAAAAGUGUAUACACACAAAGUGCAUGCACGCAAUGCGCAUAUUCGCAUACAGUACUCUCGGCAAAUGGAAAACUCGCUCUUGUCGUAGCAACCACUUAAGAGCGCUGACCCUACUAAAGUGGUCACUAAAAAUGCCCCGACACGUCCGAUUCGACCUUCGAGAUUUUCUAUACUGAUUCGAACUGUAGGAAGCUGCCUGAAGGCUCUUCUUUCGACGACUACGUGCUCCUGGACUGUGUCUUCGGAGUUCCAUUGUUCAAUGCGCAACUCAACAAAACAAUCUGUGAGAAGAUGUCGAGCUGCGGAAUUUUGAAUCCUGAAAAGUUUGUUUUUUCUCAAAGUUUGGUUUGAAUCAAAGUAUAGAAAUUAUGAAUUUCCAGCCGAAUAAAUAUCCAGUUUGCAAACAAAGAAGUCGUGACGAUGGUGAACGACGUGAUAUCGAAAUCAAACUUCGGACUUGUUUCUGUAUGUUUCUUCGGGGGCUCGAGGUCUGAAAAGUCAGCUUCAGGCUUCUUCGCUGUUUCCGGGCUCGGAGCAGAAGAAAGUCGAAAUCGUGCCGCCCAUACGACCCGUUCAUUUCGAUGCAGACUCUCGGGAAAUCGAAUACGUCGAUAAGUAACUUUUCUUUCUAACUUUUUAUAAUUCUUCACACGUUCUCUAUUGCAUGUAUCUCCAUUUCAUCCUAACUGAUUUUUCAAUUUCGAGGGCGAUGUUUCAGUUUAAUCAGUUUGAGGGCUGCUUCUUUUUCUGAUAAUAAGCUUCAGGGGGUAAAGCUUUAAAAAUCUGUUCAUUUUUGGGUUUAGUCUAAUUCAACCAUGUAGACGUCGUUUUUUAGGUUGUGCCAUCUAUAGUCAUUUUCGAUAUCAUUCUCGGUCGGUUGUGAACUUUAACAUCACUUGUGUUUCUGCCAUUUAUAGCAGUUUGAUAGGGGUCUCCGAAGUUUAUGUUCUCUCUGAAUUAUGGGAGUUUUUAUUUCCUGCAAGAUGUUUUAUGCCGUGUCGAUGUAACGAUGCUCCGGGGAACUUGAACAAUCGUCGGAAUAUAUGUUGUUAUAAAUAUUUAUGACGCAGCUGUACAUGUUUCGUUCCUACAGCAAGACUUCCUUUCAAAAAGUGGAGAAUGAAGUGUCUUGAAAAGUAACUUGUGGCUCCGGAAGUUUGGACGUCGUUGGGUUAAUCCGCGUGAUUAAAGGUCUUAGCUGGGAAAUUGGGCCCGAACCCUCCCGAAAGGCUACGGUAGCUCUGUGAAGAGCUCCUGCUUCGCGUGCCGUCAACGGCUCCUUUCGCUCCUUCCUGAGGGCCCACGCCACUCGAGAACGCCACACGUCUGCUAACGAACUUUCCAUUUCUCAAGAUUUUCCUUCAAGUGUCUGA